ACGUGUCUCAAGAUUUUACAAGAAUUAGGAUUUCCAAGAUAUUCAGCCAUCGUGUGUGUUUCGUCAUGAGAAAUUUAUAUUUAGUAGCUAUUGUCGCCACGAUAGCCAUCUUUUUUAUCAAUGGAGAAGCAGCCGUUCUUUCAGAAUGCCCAGGAAUAAAUGGAAGACUAUCGACUCAGAUUGCUGAUCCAGAUAAUUGCCAUAGGUUUUUCAAAUGCAACAUGGGAAAAAAGUUUGUGAUAGAGUGCCCAGAGUAUAAGGACGAAGUCACCUCAUACCAAUUGUGCUUUAACCCGGAAUUAGGAGUUUGUGAUUGGCCGGCGAAUGUAACCUGCUGCAAAGACUUGGUACCUGGAGGUACAGAUACACCUCCAACCCCACUACCUCAAUGUGUAUCAGGAACCAAGCGAGCCUUCGAAGACAGAUGUGAUCUUUAUUAUCUUUGCGUUGCCGGGAAAGAAGUCGUAACGUCCUGUCAGGCGAAACAUUACUUCAAUCCAAGAAUAAACGAUUGCGACAUUCCAGCUAAUGUGCCAAACUGCCCAUAAACCACUGUGGCAACAGUAUAUGGUCUUUAUGAAUUUGAAUGAAGUAUGAAGACAAGAAUUUUCGUUUUAAUAAAACCACGUGAAGUUCAAUUCCACUCUGAGAAAUACAAGUUUUUUGGCACAACAAGGACACU